AGUAGCCCGCACAGAUUAUGACAGCACAGUCAGCAUCAGGAAAAGACAGUUGACGUUGUUACACCUUGCUAGAUGAUUGGCGAGGUAAGAUGGCGGCGCCAGAGGAGCCAGAAUUAUCUCAGGCGCAGACUGAAAAACUCCUUCAGUUUCAGGACCUAACAGGCUUGGAGUCAAUGGACCAAUGUCGUCGCACAUUAGAACAACAUAAUUGGAACAUAGAGGCUGCAGUACAAGACAGGCUCAACGAGCAGGAAGGAGUGCCCAGUGUGUUUAACCCUCCACCAUCCAGGCCAUUGCAGGUCAAUACAGCAGACCAUAGAGUAUAUAGUUACAUCGUUUCAAGGCCACAACCCAGGGGAUUACUAGGAUGGAGUUACUACUUGAUAAUGCUACCUUUCAGAUUUACAUAUUACACACUUCUGGAUAUAUUCAGGUUUGCCCUGCGGUUCAUCAGGCCAGAUCCUCGAGGUCGUGUGACAGACCCUGUUGGAGAUGUUGUGUCCUUCAUUCAUAGUUUUGAGGAGAAGUAUGGUCGGUCACACCCUGUAUUUUACCAGGGAACAUACAGCCAGGCACUGAACGAUGCCAAACGGGAACUCCGCUACUUAUUAGUGUACCUUCAUGGCGAGGAUCAUCAAGACACUGAUGAGUUUUGCCGCUCCACCUUAUGUACAGAAGAGGUCAUAACCUUCCUCAACACACGAAUGCUUUUUUGGGCAUGCUCAACCAGCAGGCCUGAGGGUUACAGAGUGUCCCAAGCACUGAGGGAGAACACCUACCCAUUCCUGGCCAUGAUAAUGCUGAAGGACCGCAGGAUGACAGUGGUGGGCAGACUCGAGGGUCUCAUUCAGCCAGAGGACUUCAUCAAUCAGCUCACCUUUAUCAUGGAUGCCAACCAAACACACCUGAUGUCAGAGCGCCUUGAACGGGAGGAGAGGAACCAAACCCAAGUGCUAAGACAGCAGCAGGAUGAGGCCUAUCUGGCCUCCCUUCGUGCUGAUCAGGAGAAGGAGCGGAAGAAAAGGGAGGAGGAGGAGCAGCUAAGGCAGGAGGAGGAGAAGGUCCGACAGACUGCUCUUGCUGAGGAGCGAAGACGACGAACGCUGGAAGAGGAGAAGGAGAGGAAGUCAGAAUGUCUUCCCCCAGAGCCACCUGCAGAUGACCCAGAAAGUGUCAAAAUAGUGUUUAAGCUGCCCAAUGACACACGAGUAGAGAGACGAUUCUUGUUUGGGCAGUCUCUGACGGUAAUAUACGAUUUCAUUUUCUCUUUGAAAGAAUCCCCGGAGAAGUUUCAGAUAGUUACAAACUUCCCUCGCCGAGUCUUGCCCUGCCUCCCGACUGAGGAGCAGCCCAACCCUCCCACGCUGAAAGAGACGGGACUCAGCCGCUCUGAGGUUCUUUUUGUUCAGGACCUCACGGACGAUUAAUAGUUGACAUACCUCCUCUACAUGGAAACACAUUUUCCUCCAAUGCCCACCCUCCUCUUUUUCUUUUCUUCUUUUUGCUAAAUGGCCAUUAUGCACAAGGGAUCAUUGAGAUAAAAUCCUAACCUGGAAAAACAAACCACCCUGCAUCCAGUCUUUGUUUGGUUGUGUUUACGGGGUUCCCAAUAGCCUGGAAAGUCUUGAAUUUUAUCAAAUAAAUAUUUCUUGAAGUCC